AUGGCAUUGUAUACAAACGAAAAAGACUCGAUUCGAUCGUCAUCAUCAUCAUCGUCGUCGUCGUUGUCAUCGGUGCUAAUUGAAGAUCAGUAUUAUCGAAGAAAUUCGUUGUUAUUUUCAUGUUGCGGUUGCCAUCGAACACGACAAAUAGUAAAAGUUGAAGAUAAACCGAAAAGGAACAGUCUACAAAAUGGAUUCUUCAAACGGAUUCAAAUUUUCAAAGGUUUACUACAUACGGAUGAAUACAUUUCGAGUAUCUAUUUGUUUUUCACUUUAGCACAAAAGCGGCAAAGUUCAGUUCGUAAACAACAAAUCGGAACACCAGUUUCCAACCAUCAAUUUGCUACUGAAAUAGAAAAAAUCUCCAAAGAGAAUGUGGAAAUUGAGCCGAUUCAAACUGGUCAACCGAGUUUUGAUUCCUAUUCAUUCGCGGAUAUUGAAAUUGGCUCAUCCAUUAAUGGUGAUAAGUAUCAUCGAGCGUUAAGUGCUACACCCAAAAGUAUUCCAUCACAUAAACGCUCUUCUAUAGCAACGAAUCUAUCAGUAUAUUCAAGUCAAACACUACUCCGAAAGUUACGUGACAAAGCUCAUAUUCUUGAUGAAUACUAUCAUGAUGUAUCAACUAAAAUAUCUCAACGUCCUGUAACGUCACUUUCGUCGUCAUCGUCAUCACUUCGCGAACCAUCUGGCGCAACGCCACGCUUAUUUCUUCACCAUAAUCGUUCGAAUGAUAGUAUAAGAAAAUCAACACGAAGAAACUAUCGACAAUUAUAUAGUACUGUGUCGUCCAACAGCUCAAGAUUUGACUUAUAUAACGAUGAAGAUAAUAUUUUACGAGAAUUAAUACGUUUUAACAAUGAUAUCGAUCUGAUUCUAUCGCGUUUGGAAAUGGAAGGUGAAAAUCUACCUCAAUUACAAACCACGGAUUUGAUUUUAUCGGAUAAAGAUGAUCAAAUUCAACAGUUGAAUGUCAACCCAACUGAGGAUUCGCAUUCAAAUUUCGAUCUUCCGAGCAACACUAAUCCAGAGGAAGAAGACGAACUUGAUCAAACUACUUCAAACGAUAUUCUGACAAUGCGGACGAACACGAACGAAUUGAACAUUCAUUUACUUCUUUCAAAUGAUAUCGACCGGCUACGCGAACUAGGUAAAUACCAAAAUAAUCUUCGAUCUCAGCUAUUCUUCGCUUUUCCAGCACUCACAAACUUGUUGAAGAUGACCGCGCAAAGCUGUACAUCGGACAUUGUACAUAAUUACGAAACGAUAACAUUAGCGAAAUUGAAUAAACUGCCAAAGUCAACAACAUGGAAAGGAAAACGUGUCUUUGGUGUCCCAUUACGUGUAUAUCAACAAACAACAGGUCAUAUCCUACCCAUAGCGAUAGCGGACGCCUUACAGUAUAUACGUGUCCAUGCUGGCAAAUGUGACGGGUUAUUUCGUAAACCGGGUGUCAAGUCGAAAAUCGAACGUUUACGGUCACAAAUUGAAUCGUUGAAUGAAUCAAACAACGAACAUGCAUUCGAUUCAAUCAAAUUUGAUGAAUAUCAACCGUACGUUGUUGCAGAUACGAUUCGACAGUAUUUUCGAGAAUUACCCGAAUGUCUCAUGCCACCAGUGCUAACACGAUUGUUAUGUGAUUUACUCAAACAUCUCUCACAAGAAGAACAAUUAUUAGCAAUACGUUACAUAUUCUUAGUAUUACCAGAUGAAACUCGUGAAAUAUUGGAAACAAUUCUUCGAUUUCUAUUAGAUAUAUCCGUACGAUUAGGAAACAACCAAAUCAAUUGUCGCAGUUUAGCACGUAUUUUUCUUCCAUCUGUCUUUCAAUCGUUCUACGACAUACAUCAUACGUCAUCAAAGCUUCUUUGGUGGAAGUGGAAAAAGGAAAAAACGGAUGGAAUCUCUCAAGAAAACGAUCGUUUGAUCUUAGAAAACUGUCUAAUGACAAUGAUUCUCAAUGUCGAUAUUCUAUGUCGGGUUCCAAGUGCACUUAAUGAUGAACUUAACUUGCCGUCAGCAAGAAAAACAAAACGACUUGAUGAACUUGUUCGUCAUACAUGUAAUGGCGAAUUCCAUAUAAAGAAAUUCGUAUCGAAAGCUAGUGAACAAUUUCUUCAACGUAUAUCGACAACAAAAUUCAAAGCUAUUCCAAUUCACGUCGAUGGUGUCAGUGUAGCAGUACAUAAACCAUCGGCAAUGUUAUCAAAUGCAGAUGAGAAUAAUUUACCAAUAUGGAAAUGUUCAAUAGAUAUUCCAGAUACCAAUGUUAAACAAGUCUAUGAGAGAAUCGAACACCAUCGAUAUCUAUGGGAUAAACAUGUGGCAGAGAGUCGAACAGUAGAGAAAAUUGAUGAAGAUAAGGAAAUAGUGCAAUAUGUACUUAAUUAUCUUGAUCUCAUUCCUGUUCGAUCGUUUUGUGAAUUUCGUUUUUCAAAAAAAAUCACAUCGCGGUCAGCAUCUAAUGCCAAUGCUAUGCUCAUAAGCGCUGUAUCUAUUGAUCAUCUACAAAAUCACUUUCUACCUGGUAGUAUGGGUGUGACUUAUAAUAUGCACUAUUAUAUAACGCCGUCACCUACACAACCCGGCCAUACAACAGUGACACAAAUCGCUUGUGUUGAUUUCAGUGGCCGAUCCACACAAUGGUAUGAGAAUGUCUAUGGGUUUUUAUUAGCACACAAUCUUUUAUCAUUACGAAAUUCGUUUUUGAAUACAAAUACUGUUCAAAUUUGA